AUGUCAGUGCGGCUACUCUGUGUAAAUGGCAAUGUUACCAUUCGGCCAAAUAAUCUGGAGCCACUGGUAGGCUUCUUGACUUUGCUCCAAGACAUUCAAGCGGAUACUACUGUUAUCUCAUGGCUUCCUGCUGAUGCCCUGAAUGCCGUUGAACGCGAGAUUUACAAAAAGAUUGACACAAGGACAAGAGUCUCUCCUGAGGCCAGUGCAAGGAGCGAUGGCGUUGCCCUUGUUACAUCGCCACUGUCAUUAUUCUCCAGCCUUGAUCAUCUGAUAUACGUGCCAAUACCAUCCUUAAAAGGAUUCUACGUCGAGGGUGAAUUCACAGUCAACUCGAAAGGAGGUGCUGUCUUAAUAACACGUGUAGAGGUAGCCCUAGUUGGUGGCGAAGACAGUGACAUCCCAGCCUUUUGGUUUGACUCUGAAGAUGGAAUUCGGCCACCGAAUCCUGAAGCCGUAGUAAAACUCUUAAAUGGCUGGAUGGCUGCUAUCGACUUGCAGCUAGUUCAGUCUUCAGAUACUCCUAAUCUAUAUGCAACAAAACCUCUUGGCGAGAGACAGGCCGCAAUACCAUUACCGUAUCGUGCACCAGAAUUGAGGAACAGGCAGGGUAGAGUUAACGCAUCGAAUUCCACCACAUCUGGGUCUAGUAGCAGUAGUGGUGGUUUGGUUGUUCCUUUUAGUGGAGACCAGCCAGCAAGAGCACCAUCGCCUAAUACAGAUCGAGCAUUACGAAGUUUGGCUGUUGGAUUAGGCAAUCUUGGACUCUCAGUUGUUAGAGAUGUCGCAGGAGCAGGCGCUGCCAAUCGAGUGCAAGAAGCCGGAUGGGGAAUACUUGAAAGGUUUUCUAAAGUCUCCCAAUUUGGCAAGGCCCGUGCUGGGGAGCUGAUCUCACAUCCACAGUUUGCUCCACUACUGCCACUUGUCCCUCCCAACAUACGACAAUCCAUACUCUCGUCACGAGAGACAUCAACAAUGAUUGAAGAAUAUCAAAACGCUGGUGACUAUCUAGCAAAAGUAGCCUCAGAGUUCAGAAGAGAUGUAUUAGGUGUAUCGCCAUCAAAUGCUCCACGACUCAAAGGUCCUAUUGAUACAAGCUGUGAUUAUGAGAACUUGGCUAUUGGACUCUCGCAUGGACGUGAAGAGUUGGCUGUGUCUGCUGAUAGGUGGCUUCUAUUAUAUGAUAAUACAGGACGACUACUGAUAGAUCCAAUGACGCUUCGUGAGAUGAUAUACAACGCUGGAUUGGAAGAUGAUGUGAGGCCGGUAGUGUGGAUGUAUAUGUUGGGAGUUUAUCCAUGGGCGUCUACUGAGAAGGAGCGAAAUGAAAUUAUGGAGCUGAAAAGAGCUGAAUACGAAGCAAUGAAACGAGAAUGGACAAUCAUACUAAACGAUGUUGACAAGGAAGAUGUGGCCAAUGGUGUACCACCAGGUCAAAUAAAUUCGAAUGCUCAAGCUGGUGAUGAGCGGGAAGACGGUGAUGUGUUGUCGAAGUUGAAGGAAAGGCGGUAUCGGAUUGAGAAGGACGUUGUACGAACUGAUCGCACGGAAGCCUUCUUUCAAGAACCCAAGUCACCAUCCUCUCCAGUAUCAGCUGAUGGUGAAGAAGGUGCUGUACCAUCUGGUUCGCAAUCUCCUCCAGCAUUAUCACCAACAGCCCUUCGAAAAACACACGCUGGAGACAAGAAUGCGAAUCUGUUGCUUUUGAGAGAUGUGCUGAUUACUUAUACAGUAUAUAACUUUGAACUUGGUUACGUUCAGGGAAUGAAUGAUCUCCUGGCUCCUAUACUAGCAGUCACAAGGGAUGAGGUGCAGGCGUUUUGUUGCUUUGCCGGAUUCAUGAAUCGUGGUGUCCAAUUCAACUUUUAUCGAGAUCAAUCUGGAAUGCGAGCACAAUUACGACGGUUGGAACUCCUCCUCAAGUUUAUCGACCCAUAUCUAUAUCAUCAUUUGGUUGAUACAGAUUCCAUUAAUCUGUUUUGUUGCUUUCGUUGGAUUCUAGUUUGGUUUAAACGAGAAUUUGAUUUUGGUGAUACGUUCAGGCUCUGGGAGACAAUCUGGGCAUGUCCAUACACGAAACACUAUCACCUCAUCGUCGCAUUUGCAAUUAUAAAUGAACAUCGUCGAAGUCUGAUAACGAGUUGCAAAGCAUUUGAUGAAACCCUCAAAUACAUCAACGACCUAUCUGGCAAAAUCCCCGUAGAGCCAACUUUAGAACGCGCCGCGGUCCUCUGGCAAGUCUUUUUCCACAAAAUGUCAAUCGUAAUGAUGGACAGACUCGGUAUCGACGUCCACUCAAACUCUAAAGUAUCUCCAUUAUCGCCCGACAACACCCUUGAUGUAAAUGCCAGCUCCAGUCAACAGGCAGCAGGAGGAUAUGGUACAUGGGGUCCUACUCAACACCCAAACUCACCGCCAAAGCAAACUGCACCUGUUGGGCCAGGGAAAGCUCGCAUGUUGAGCAAACCUGUGAAUAAAGAGGAUGAGUUGAGUGAUGAGGAGUUGUUUGAGCUCAUGUCGUUGCUCGAAACGGAGGGUAGUCGGUUGCCUUGA